UGCAAGCGGAAAGUUACUUCUUUCGGACGGCCCGGGUGGGUGGGGAUAAAGCAUUGUUGGCGUCGCGCGGACUGCCUGGGAAACGGGGAAGCCCUUCGCAACGUUGGCCCAGGAAAUCAGGGGAUUCUUCGGAACGUUACCCGGGACCUGAGGAGGAUGUAACAAUGGGGGCGCGUUUGGCACGUGCGAUGCGGAACUUUAACCUGGAGAACAGGGCGCACGUGGAGAUCGGCAAGCAGAAGCCGAGCAGCGCUCCCAGGCACCCGAGCAGCAUGACACUGAUCGAGCAACAACUCAGCAAUCACCCUGAAACAAAUGAAGUUCAUAAUAAAAAUGAAGAACUUCUGUCUUUACUCAAAGAUAUUUAUGUUGAUUCGAAGGAAAUUCCUGCAAAGAAACAUGCAACUUCUGAAACAUCUAAGCAGCUGCAGGAGCACAGACUCCUCAAAUCUAACUUGGAUUAUGAGCUGUUCAACAUUACAAAGGUUCCUAAAGGCAAAUUGAGUAUAGUGGAGGCUCUUACCAUCCUCAAUAACCACAAACUCAAGCCUGACAUAUGGACAGCUGACAAAAUAGCUGAAGAUUACUGUCUAGAACUUAAAGAUGUUAAAGGAAUGCUGGAAUUUUUCAAACCAUUCGAAAUAAAAGUUCUACCUCCAAAACAAAUCAAUAAGGAACUUCUAACUGCUAGUUAGUAAAUAUGCACAUUUUCAGACUAAUAAUAAGUAAGUUAGAUAUCUUUACUGUAUUUAAGAUUUGCAAUGUUUUCAGGUUAUGGGAACAUCAUAGAUAUUUUGUUCAGAAGUUUUAGAGUUAUACUGAGACCUGUGGAUGAACUCAGAACCACAAAAUAUGUUCUAGAUAUGAAUUAUCUGAUUAAAAUAUUCACAGCACAGUGUUGUGGUAAUUUGCUUGUUAACUGUUAAGUGAGUGGACAAAUUGUAGUGAGACAAUUAAAAGUCAAGAAAGCAUAAUUCUGCAAACGUGUAGCUGCUUCAGCCAGCUUGAUGUAGAUAACUACAUUUUACAGUUUCUAGUCGAUUUUUGAAACUGAGCUUUCAGACCCGCUUUAAACUGACAACUGCACUCGCUGGUUUCAAUAAAGGUUCUAUGCUAUACAGUAUUGUGUUUAUUUUAUCCUUGGUAUUGUAUCUUGAUCCUGUUAAUAUAAGAAGUGAAUACGUUUUUAUGAUUUUAUGCAUGUUCAUUGUACUUUAGCCUUGAAUGCACUGACAGUUUCAAUUUUUCAUAUGCAAUUUUGGAAGUACAAAUUGUGACUAACAAUAUUAAAGAUAACAUUUCAUUGUGA